AUGCCUGUCCCUGUCCGAUUGAAUGUCUAUGACAUGUAUUGGCUGAAUGACUAUGCUUCGCCCAUUGGAUUUGGGAUCUUCCAUUCUGGUGUGGAAGUUCAUGGUGUUGGUAAGUAAUUUUGUUUUGUUUUCUAAAUUUAGAUUGAUGAGAAAGAAUGAGCUUGGGGUUCUGCGCGGAUUUCGUCCUCGUUUAGGGAUGUUUUAGAAGGUUGUCUUUGAUUUUUGACAUCUUCGGACAAAAAAAAAAACGAUUAAACGUCUUAAAGUUCCAUCAGAUUUUUAGCCGAGGCAGGUAAUAGCCGAAUCCAGCAAGAAUUUUUAGUUCCUACGCCAGUUCUUCUGCCAUUUUGAAGUCAAUUUUUUCUUUCUCGAUAUUAGUCAUAACGCAAAAGCUUCAAAUCGAAUAUAGUUAUCUCUAUAUUUCAGAAUACGCUUAUGGAGGGCAUCAGUUUCCUUGUUCGGGCAUAUUCCACAACGAACCACAGGAUGCGGAAGAACUUGGGGAGAAUUUCAAAUUCAGGGAGAGCAUUCUAAUAGGCGAGACGAGUUUGACCAAAAAAGCGGUCGAAAAGCUGGCCAAGAGUUGGGGAGACGAGUACCGAGGCGACAGGUAAGAUAUUGGCAUGAGUGGGAUUAGGUCUAAUGCCAUUUAAAUUUCAGGUAUCAUCUUAUCACCAAGAACUGCAAUCACUUCACAGCCGAAUUUGCCCGAGAACUCACCGGAAUUGAGGUCCCAGGAUGGGUGAAUCGACUCGCAAAUGUCUCAAAUUCGAUCCCAUUUUUGGACAAAUGGAUCCCUCAGGAAUGGCUCACACCCAUGGCGCUAGCUGAAUCGUUGGACAGGGAAGAGAAAAAGACCUUGAAUUACCCGGUGGAAAGGGCGGAAGAAGCACUCUUCGAAUGCGGCUCCCCAAAUUCAAGGAGGAAAAUGUCGAAUGGUAAGGGGGAAAUUUUUGGUGGAGAAUGUCUUGUGAAGCUUUUUAGAAGCUUUGAAAGUAGUCUUGAAACAAAUAUUGCUUGAUUUAUAUCGAUGCGUUUACAAAAAGCAAAAAUCUUUGCCUUGUAUAAUACAGGGUGGUUCAGCCGGAGCUUCUAACUUUAUUUCAAGUAUUUCUCCGCCAAUAAUGCAUCAAUUUCUAUAAAGUUUAUAUCAAAUUGAAGCUGAGGAACCCUAUUUUUUGUCCACCGAAUAUGACGAGAUCAAGUUCACAGAGGCCCCCGUACUGACCUUUGACAUUUUUAUUCCAAAAUUUGGAGCCCGAAAUCGGUGAAACUUGGAAAAUUUUUGCAAUGAUUUUCAAUUGAGUUUCUCGGACUUAACCCAGAACACAAGAGCAAGGUUAAUUACGAUUAUCCGUUGACUGCCGAAAUUUUUUUCCGAGAACUCAACUGAAAAUCAUUGCAAAAUUUUUGCAAGUUUCAUCGAUUUCGGGCUCCAAAAUUUGGAAUGAAAAUGUCAAGGGUCAGUACGGUAGCCUCCGUGAACUUAGGCCCGUCAUAUUUGGUGGACAAAAAAUGGGGUACCUCAGCUUCAAUUUGAUAUAUUUUUUAUAGAAAUUGGUGCAUUAUUGGCGGAGAAAUGCUCGAAAUAAGGAUGGAAGCUCCGGCUGAACCACCCGGUAUUAUGCCAGGCAAAAAUUUUUGAUUUUUGUAAACGCAUCAAUGUUUUGCGCCUCGAUCUGAACUGAGAAAGAAAUAAUAGGCCGUACGAAUUGUGGUGAAGCUGUUUUCAUCUACAUUCGAUAAGAGAAUGUAAAAAAUUUUACAAUUUUUCAAACUCUCAGAGCAAAAUCUGAACCCCGGGACUCGUCGCUCAUUCUUCACUCGCCGAGUCUCCGAAAUCACCGGAGGAUCGGUCCCAAACACUGCCCGGACUGUUGGAAACAACACCACACAAGUCUUCUCACGAUUCUGGAACUCGAUCAAGAACCUAGCUUCGGAGGAAAAUUCCCCCACAACAUCGAAUGGGAUCCGCCUCCCCGCCAAAAAAGGCCCCGUGGAAAUCGACUAA